UGCUAAUCACUGUGCCUCCGCCUGCUGCUAUAAAGCCUGAACAGCCGCUCUGGUCCAGUCAGAUUCAGCUGAACAGACGGCAGGACAAUCACAUCACUGUUUGACUCGGAGUGUGUCGAUCCUACAUCUGCGCCAGCAAAGUAUGAAACACAGACGUCUGCUGCUCUCACUGCCUCACCUACCCACCAUCACUGAGACUCUUGAGGACUUGCCUGCUCACCCUUCACCCUCCCAGAGCUCCCAGUCUCUGGAAGACUACAUGACCAGCAUCCAGGCCCUGGCCUGCCCAGUGGAAGCCCCAAGCUGUGGCCCUGUCAGGCUCCAGAGGUCUCCCAGGCUGAGGAACCUCUCCAAGGGUCAGAUGAAGCUCUCUGUGCCGAGCUCUCUCCCUCGCGGGUCGCCUCGCACGCUCAGGACUUCAAAACUUUACAGUUUGAGUCUGAACAGCUCGGAGGAUUUAUCUGCCAGGAUGAGCAGGGAAAAAGACUGCAGGGGGAAAGACCCUGUGGACUGGCUGUUUGGACAGAUAAGGACUUAAAGGGGAGGCCAGAUGGGACCAUGGUGGACUUUUCACUUAUAAUAAUACACAGCUGGAAAUGAAGAAGACGAGGUUUGAUGGGACUCUGUGAUGGGUCACGAGAAGAGUGGAGAUUUAUUUAUGUUUUGUUGUUGUUUGCACUGAGGACUCAGGUCCACAUGUUUACAUAAGUUUAUAUUUUGUAAUGUAAAUUAUGUACUUUUUAAUAAAACUCUCAAAAUCA